AUAAAUGCAGCGCGAGCGCACAUCUGCUCACUCGUGAGGCGUGGUCAGUCACAGCGGACAGGUGCGCACGAAGCUCCCCUCUCACCUCUGCAGGAACACACACACACAAACGCCGCAAAAUGCCGAAGUGCCCUCGUUGCGCUAAGGAGGUUUAUUUUGCCGAGAGGGUGAGUUCCUUGGGAAAGGAUUGGCACAGACCCUGCCUAAAAUGCGAAAAGUGCUCCAAGACCCUGUCAGCUGGCUCACACGCAGAGCAUGAAGGUAAACCUUAUUGCAAUAAUCCCUGCUAUGCCGCUUUGUUCGGACCUAAAGGAUUUGGACGUGGUGGCGCUGAAAGCCACACCUAUAAAUAGAAAGCGAAGAUGUUGCCGGGAAACCAAAGGAGGAGGAGGCGGCCGGCGUCACACCUGAAACCUGCAAACAAGAGCUCUUAUUUUAUCACUUUGGACUCUGUUUUAUGAUUUUUAUAUUCAUGUAAUUCGACCAUUUGGCCAUCGUUCUCUAGUCUGAUGUAGUCAAAUUAAACACUUAAAAAAAAAAGUUGUCAAUUUUUGUUGCUGUCUUUGCAAAGUUUCUGCAUAAUGUGUUUAAUAAAACUUAAUGUUGCACAAAUUAA